GCCUGCGCUCUGCUGAUGUCACGGCUCCUGUGUGCAGUGGACCAAUGGGCUCGCAGCUCCCGCUGACAUCAGCCAGCAGUCGGUUCCUCCAGCACACAGCUUCGUUUUCUGCUCAGCUUCUGUGUUUAAAUGGAGGCUGCUCUGGCGCUGUAGGAGUGUUUUCUGUGUUUUCGCUGCGCCGCGCGCUGACAUGCAGCUCGUCUGAGGCAGGAUGGUGCUAGACGCUCCUAAUCCCAACGGGCCGUUCCCGCCUGUGGCUCUAAUGCACUUCAGAGAUGUGGCUCCGGCCGAGCAGGAGAAGCUCUUCAUCCAGAAGCUGCGUCAGUGCUGCGUUCUGUUCGACUUUCUGUCCGAUCCGCUCAGCGACCUGAAAUGGAAGGAGGUGAAGCGGGCGGCGCUGAGCGAGAUGGUGGAGUACAUCAACCACAAUCGCAAUGUCAUCACGGAGCCCAUUUACCCGGAGGUGGUGCACAUGUUUGCAGUGAACCUGUUCAGGGGUCUGCCGCCUUCAUCGAACCCGACGGGAGCAGAGUUCGACCCGGAGGAGGAUGAACCCACUCUGGAAGCAGCCUGGCCUCAUCUGCAGCUGGUGUACGAGUUUUUCCUGCGGUUUCUCGAGUCGCCCGACUUUCAGCCGAAUAUUGCCAAGAAAUACAUCGACCAGAAAUUUGUGAUGCAGCUUCUGGAGUUGUUUGACAGUGAAGAUCCACGAGAGAGAGAUUUCCUGAAAACCACCCUGCAUCGAAUAUAUGGAAAGUUUCUCGGGCUGCGCGCUUACAUUAGAAAGCAAAUUAAUAACAUAUUUUACAGGAUAAAGACUCACAGUCCGAAGGAGGUGAUGUUCCUCAACGAGCUGGAGGAGAUCCUGGACGUGAUCGAGCCGUCUGAGUUCGUGAAGGUCAUGGAGCCGCUCUUCCGUCAGCUGGCCAAGUGUGUGUCCAGUCCGCACUUCCAGGUGGCGGAGAGAGCGCUUUAUUACUGGAAUAACGAGUACAUCAUGAGUCUCAUCAGCGACAACGCAGCCAAGAUCUUACCCAUCAUGUUCCCUGCGCUUUACCGCAACUCCAAGAGCCACUGGAACAAGACCAUUCACGGCUUGAUCUAUAACGCACUGAAGCUCUUCAUGGAGAUGAACCAGAAGCUGUUUGACGACUGCACACAACAGUUCAGAGCCGAGAAGAACAAAGAGAAGGCCAGGCUGAAGGAGAGAGAGGAGGCCUGGAUGAAGAUCUCGAGUCUGGCCAAGUCAAACCCGCAGUACGUUUUGUGUGUUGAUCCGUCUGGACUAAACAGUCCUGUAGAAAUGGAGACUGAUGGUCCCUUUAUAGAAGAUGUUCAGAUGUUAAAAAACACAGUGCAGGCCAGAGCCCUUCAGAUGUCGAGGGAGCAGAGGAAGGAGCGGCCGCUCGUCAGGCGUAAAUCGGAUCUUCCUCAGGACUCCUUCACCACCAAAGCCUUGGAGACACACCGGCGCACCGAAGACAUGCUGACCAACCACGACUAGCUCAGGUGUUCGUUUGGAGGCUCCACAUCUCCGGGGUUUUCUUGACUCUCUCUCUUCCUGUGGUCCGGACGCUCGCCGCUGCGUGAUUGAGCACACGGCUGGAGCGGAGCGGAAAGCUUUCUUUGUGUUUCACAUGUGUGUUUAUUUUCAGGGACGGUUGCCAGUACCAAUACGGUCAUGCUGAUUAGCUUCCAUAGUUUUAUUUCUCUGUUUAUUGCUUCAGCUAAUGUGGUGUUUCAGACUAAAGCACGUCUGUCACGUGUUCUCUCUGUGUGUCGCUCAGAUCGGAUGGCUUGGUUAGUUCACUUCUGUGCCAUAGACAGUUUGGUUGAACGUGGUGUCUCCGCUCGUUGUGCUGUUUCACUGGUUCAAACAAUGGUACGGUUUCUCCAUCGGAUCGACGGCUGAAUGUCGCCAACAUUCCCGGAUCAGUUCAUCCGACACGGAGCUCUGGGAUCCGAUAGGAAGCUCUUCUGAUCUCAGACUCUCCAGAAGGACCUCAGUGCCUUCCAGCGGCGGAGACGAGGGCCUUCGGUCCGUUCGGAUGAAUCCAGAUCCAAACGCAGCGGUGUGACGCCGACGCUUCGAUUGUUCAUUUCCAUCCGGAUGCUUUCCUGUUAUUUUAUUGAACUACCUAGAAGCACUUCCUGAAAACUUGAAAACUCUACUGAGUGUGUGUGAGUGUGUGUGUGUGUGAGUGUGUGUGUGUGUGUGUCUGUGUGUGUCUGUGUGU